AUGUAGAAGUAUUUUUCAGGAAGAGCUCAUGAUCUGAUUUAGGAUAUGUACCAAUAGGAAAAGGGUGGUACUGAAAUUGAGGAUGGUGAUUCACAUACAAUGCCUAUAAAUGAUGCAUACGAAAAUGAUGAUGAGGAUGAUGACGACUUACCAUCUUCUAUAAAUCAACAAAGAAGUUACUCUGCAAGUCUGAGUAAGUAAUAACAAUAACAAUAAUAAAUUGAAGUGGAAGAUUAAGAAUUAGACAAUAAAGGAUAUCAUCGUAAAUAAUGUCCUCCGAGAUAGACUGUUUAGACAGCAGGAUUUGGUUAUAACUCAAAACAUAAAGAAACUGUAUGGAAUGUAGAGAAAUUGAGCGAUUCCUAAAAUUCAUCAGAAGGGCAAGAUCAAGUCAUUCCUCUAUCGUCGCAUCCUUUAUCAACAUCUAAUGAAUUAAUUAAUAAAUACUAAUCAUCAAAGAAACUACUCUCAAGAAGUGGAUCUGUAGAUGAUCCUUCUUACAUUCAUCCAGAAAUUCGAAAUUCUAAAUAGUAAGUGCAUUCAAAAAAUCAAUCCGAUCUUGAUCGUCAUACUGCAACAAGGGAACAACCUCGAAAAAUAACAUAAAGAACUAGAACACAUAAUGAUGACCCAACUGUUAUAACAGAUAAUCUGACAUAAAAUAAUGCAUGUUAGUUAUAGUUAGCUCCAACUAUUACUACUAUUUUCUAAGAUUUUGAUAAAAUGAGCAUCUUUUAGUAUUAUUAGCCUUUCAAUAAUUAUGAUGCAGUAAUAAAAAGAUAUACAAGGGCAUAAAAAUUCUUUGGUAAAAAGAGAUUAUAUCCUGAAAGUUCUCUUUAUUCAUUUUACUUUAUGGCAAUAAAGAAAGGAUUUAAAUUGAGAAAAUUAGGACAAUAAUCUCCCAUUGGAUUACAACGAUUCGCUUGUGGUUUUAAAUUAAUAAAAAGAUAACCAAAAAGAAUGAGAUAGCCUACAUUAGCGGAAUAAAGUGAAAUUUUGUUUUAAAUUAAAUGA